GUAAGAGCGGCUCGUGGCCACCCAAGCGCAGGGCACCGUCCCACGACGAGGGUGCUGCUUCCGAGGGGGAUAUCCCGAGGUCUAGCGCGCCAGUCUCGCGAAGCGACCUUCCAAAGAAGGUGGCGGUGUGCCCAGCAAUCCCUCGCAAGGUUCCUCCAGCGGAUAAGUACGGGGUUAGGUAUAAGGCUGCGCCGGCUUAUCCACCAGGUUCUGUGCCACAAGCGCCCCCUCAAUACAAGGGCCCGCCGCACGAGGUGUUUGUGAGGAACGUUGCUGGCAAGGAGGGUCCGGAGACCAGGUCCACAGGCAAGGCUCCGCCACCCCAGGUCACAGGCAACAGGCAGAAGCUCGCAUACCACGCGUGGGCCCAGCAGCAGCGGGCGGAGGAAGAGGCCCAGGCCGCAGCCAGUGGCGCGGCAAGCUCCAGCAGAGUGCCGAGGGUGCUUGCAACGCGCACCGAAGCCACUGUGGUCUUCGACUGGCACAACGUGCUGGAUAAGGCUUGGGUCGAGAAUAGAGAAGCCGACUGGAAUACCCGACGCGGUACCCACGGGUACUUUAAGCCUGCUUUCACAGAAGCCCUCAAGGACUUCGUGGUGGAGCACAGACCCAUCUGCGUCGCGAUCCUUUCGUUCUGCUCUCGCUCCUCUGCCGCGUGGUACGAAACCCACUUCCUCCGAGAGGCGGCCGAUUGCUUAGUCAGGGACCUGCCCACAUCUUCAAGAAUUCGAUACGGGCAGACGUUUCAACGCACGGGCCCUGACGGGAAAGCGCAACAACUGUCGCAGAUCGAACCCCCAGCGUCGCUCAUUAUUGACGACAACAAGGCGAUCUGCAAAGAGUGCCGCAAAACAGGCGCACUAGUUGUUCAGGCGGAAAGGGGGGGAGAUAUCGAGCAGAUUCUCUACGAGCUCGACCAGGCCUCUAGACUUAUCAAGAGGACCGGGCGCGAUAAUCUCCCCCGGGCGCGGCGGCUAGAACCGCGAGAGCUACUCUUUGAAGCGUAG